AUGAAGUCAGCCGCAAGCGUCAGUCAUUCACAGCCCGCUGAAGCGAAUCAAGCAUUGUCGUCGACAUGCGCGUCUCCAGUGGGCACUCUCAACGCCUCUGGGCCCCCAGCAGAGAUUGGCGGACUGAUGGGCAGGCUCCCGUUUGAGCUGUGGGUCAAAGUCAUGGUACAGCUGGACCCAAAGAGCAUCACGCGAUGCCAACGCGUCUCGAGGUGCUUGAAGAGAUACGUAGAUGACAGCGAAGAUAUCUGGAGGUGUGUAGCCUAUCAAUGGAAGCUCAUAGACAGCAUAUAUGCGCCCUUGCCUCGCAACACCGGCUCGCCGCGACCGGCAGAAGAACGACUCGCGCAGCAGAACCCUCUCAUGAGCAGCGCCACUGGCUAUUUCGAUAACAUCGUCUCGUUCAGGGAUCUUUGUCGACGACAUGCGUGCUUGACCAGCACGUGGUCGACCCCAGACGCAUUUGCUCAACGAGGUGGCCAGAAAGGCAUGAGACCCCAAGGCUCAAUCCACACUCGAUUGCCACUUACAGGCCCUCGCUACAGGAAAAACAAUCCCUUUCUUGGUACUGGGCAAGAUGGAGAAGUUCAGAUUGAUGCAGACUUGUCCGCUACAGGCUACACUGUGGCUUCGAUAAACGUGCUUCAUGGAAAAGUGCACUUGGUUGACACUCUCCCUCUGCCUCAGGUCAGCUCUAACCCAAUUGGCAACACACAUCGAAAGAUGGGAACUCUGUGUAGCGAAGGGUCACGACACAUAGUCAUGUCCUACCAGAAAUCUUCUAGCGGACCUACUUUGAGGGUGAUGGACUCUGUCAACGCUACCACAUUCCACGAAACUGCAUCAAUCGACAUUGCAGAGCGUUUUGGCUCUCCAGUAGUGGCACGACUCCGCUGGCCUCUGUGUGUUAUGGCUACUACCACCGCCGAUUUUCUCAGAGCGGACUUGGCUGAAGAUGAUGAGGCUGGACUAGGCUUCAUUCUGACAUUGGAUCUGCACAGAAACAGCCUGGUCUCAAGUUGGCAACUCGAAACCUUCGACUUUGUCGAGCAUGUCGACUUUGACGCAGUCAAUAAUCUCGUUUUUCUGAGAAGGGAAUUUGGGCACAUAGGGGUCUAUCGACUGCUCCAUGACGUUGAGGAAGAAUUUACCCAGUUGGCAUCGGUCUGCAGCCCUUUCAACUUCCAUCUCAAAGUCCUCCAUAACGUUGUUGGACCAUGGCAUGUUCCAUCGUCAAGCAUUCGUGCUUCACAGAUCUACCUCGGGACCGCUCUGCUCAACCUCUGUGAAGACAAAGCUAGUCAUCGUCCCCUCAAAGUGCUUUGGCGCUGCGUUGAAGAUUCUUGCUUAAAUCCGAGCGCUGUGGAACGAGGGUGAGAGGUCCUCCGUGCUUGUUCUGGGGUUUGUGUCUGUUUGCUCAACGACUUGCGCUGCCUCUGAGCCGAUAUGCAGCACUCUUGCGGGCCACAUUAGGGAGUAUAGCGUACGUGUAGCGAUCUAUUCAUGCAGAACAUGCUCAAGAAAUCUGAUGCAUUAGCUUCUUUCUCUUCUUAGACUUUGCUAAGCCAGGAAUCUCCCAGACAUGUCAAAAUGUCAACCUCGAUCCACUUCGACUCGAAGAACACUACGCUGAUCAUCACGCACGAGUGGGGCCUGAUCUUGAUAAAAGGCAUGCGCAACGCCUCGAAUGCCUCUGUGACGGUUGGUAUAAUACAUUACCAUGUCAUCUCGGAGCAUUCUUCAAGCCAUCGCCUGGGAGUCGAGGAAACGCAGCGAGCUUUCAGCACCGGUCGGGUAUGCCAAGCAAUGAUACAAAUGCCAUACAAGGCGAGCGCCCUUACGCAUCUGAUUCUGGUCGACUACGACGCCUUUCGUCUAGACACGAGCUGGAAGUGGAAAAAGCAUCCGUUUGAGAAUGUCAAAGUUUGGCAUAUCGACCAACGCAGUCAUCAAGAAAAUGUUCAUAAGGCUGAUGCACGACUGUAUACCACAGCACAGAAAAGAAACAAAGGCUGGUCUUGCUCCGAUCCUUUCGUGGGCUUGCACAUGGACUCGACUACCAUCUACACGCUUAGGACGCGCUCGGGCCUGGAAUACAUGGACUUUGGACUAGCCAGUCGUCCCAGAAGUAGACCAAGGAAGGUUGAGGAGAGCCCAUUGGAGAAGCAUCUUCGGCGCUCGCGAAAAGAAGUCAAGGAUUUCUGGUCGCGGUGA